AUGGUGUUAAGCCGACAACUGUUUUUGAGUAAGCGUCUAGUUGUCGAAGACAAGGUUUUCGAUGGCGGUAUUUUAGUCAAUAGCUAUGGUGUUAUCGAAAGAGUUCUUGAAAGAAAAGAAGUUAGUCGACUUUUGGACGAAAGUGGUGAAAAUAUUAAGGUAGUGGACGGUGGUGAUUUAGCGCUGAUAGCGGGCAUCGUUGAUUCGCACGUCCAUAUUAACGAGCCGGGUCGAACCGCUUGGGAGGGAUUCCAAACGGCAACCAAGGCUGCAGCUGCUGGUGGGAUUACCACGAUAAUCGAUAUGCCCUUGAAUUCGAUACCGCCAACUACCUCGUUGGAAAACUUGAAAAUUAAAGCAACAGCCGCUAAAGGAAAUGUAUUUGUUGAUGUAGGAUUCUGGGGAGGGGUGAUACCGCAAAAUCAUGAUUCACUGCAGGAUCUGGUCGAAGCCGGCGUUGUGGGAUUUAAAUGUUUUCUGUGUCCCAGUGGAGUGGACGAAUUUCCUCACGUUGAGUUACAGGAUUUACAAAAAGCCUUCGCUUGUCUUGAAGGAACUGGAUCGGUGCUUGCGUUCCAUGCUGAAAUCGACUGCGCUUACGAUCAAGGCCGUAAAGAAAAAAUGAGAAAGAAAGAUCUUGAAGAAUAUCACACAUUCCUGGAAUCGAGACCUGCAAGCAUGGAACUCGAAGCUUUCAAUUUAAUAAAAAAAUUUGUUAAGAAACACAAUGUACGCGUUCAUAUAGUACACGUAUCAUCUGCAGAAGUAAUCCCUUUACUUCAUGCCUUGCGUCGAGCAAGAAGUGAGAAAAAUGGAUUUUGGCGGAACGGAAUUACAGCUGAAACUUGCCAUCACUAUUUAACAUUUAGCUCUGAGCAAAUACCAAAAGGGCAUAGCGAAUUUAAAUGCGCUCCACCCAUUAGAGAUAAAAAUAACCAGGAAAAAUUAUGGGAUUUCCUGUUAGAAGAUAAAAUAGACUUAAUUGUAUCCGAUCACUCCCCGUGUACUCCAGACCUUAAGUGCAACAAAAAUCUUAUGGAAGCGUGGGGUGGAAUUUCUUCUGUGCAAUUCGGGCUAUCAUUGUUUUGGACAGCAGCUGAAGCUCGUGGCUUGGAUUUGACAUCGAUCAGUAAAUACUUAAGUUCUGGACCAGCCCAUUUGUGUAGUAUACAACACAAGAAGGGUGCUAUUAAGCCUGGUCUAGAUGCCGACCUUGUGUUUUUCGAUCCAGAGGCUGAAUUUGUCAUUACUACUGACAUUAUCCGGCACAAAAAUAAGCUAACACCGUAUCUGAAUAUGAAACUCAAGGGCGUAGUAAAAAAAACAUAUCUUCGUGGUCAAUUGAUAUACGGAGAUGGCAAUGUUAUUGGUCAACCUAUAGGAGAAUUAUUACUGAAAGAAUCUUAAAUUUUGAAAGGCCGACAGUUUUACGCAACUCAAACACAUUGUGCCUCUUUUGUCUGAAAAUAAACUACUACUAAAUAUAUUAUUUAAAUUUAAUAUUUG